CUCCGAAGCCGAGAGCACCAGCUCGAGGCUAAGCACUUACUAGUAAAAUUCACAUUUCUCCUGCAAUGGAACAUUAACGGAUAUUACUCUCACCUACCAAACUUAGAAAUCUUAAUAUCAGAAACAAAUCCGAUAAUUUUGUGCCUACAAGAAACACAUUUCAAAGAAAAUAACGCUCACAACUUGAAACAUUAUAAAAAGUAUUUUAAAUCCGAAGAAAUACCGUUACCAAACACAGAGCAAGAAGUAAUUGCAGCGAGAAUUUAUUUCCCAGAACCAAUAACAGUGUGUAACUUCUACAUUCCUCCAAACAAAGAUAUAUCAUUCGAUGAAUUUAGUCAAAUUUUAGAACAACUCCCAACUCCUAGAAUAAUACUAGGAGACUUCAACGCUCACAGCCAACUAUGGGGUGCACACACAACCAACAGAAAAGGGCGUAUCUUAGAAAAAGCGAUAAACGAUGUUGAUCUACUUUUAUUAAACACUGAGCAGCCGACCAGACUUGACGCAUUUUCAGGUCAGUUUUCUACUCUAGAUCUAACCUUCUGCGAUCCAUCCUUACUCCCUAGCUUGAACUGGAAUGUCAAAACAUAUCAAUACAACAGCGACCAUUUUCCAGUCGUGAUUGAACACCAUAAAACACAGCAUCUAUCAACUCAAAGUUUUAAACCUAAGUGGAAAACAACAUCAGCCAAUUGGAUCCUAUUCGAAAAUAUCCUUACUAAUCUAAUAAACAAUAAAGAAACUCCUGAUGACCCAAUCCACAUGAUACAACACCUAAGUGACGUAAUAAUAGAAGCUGCCAACGUAGCAGUUGGAAAAACCAAACUAAUAGCUAAUCAUCUCCCUGUCCCUUGGUGGAAUAAUGAAUGCGAGAAGGCGAUUCGAGAUAGUAAGAAGGCGUACAACAAAUUCAAACGUCAAAACACCCAAGAAAACCUAUUUCAAUUUAAGCGUCUAAAAGCAAAAGCUAAAUACACUAUUAAAAAAAGUAAAAAAGAAAGUUGGCAAAACUAUGUUUCUACAAUAAGAGCAGACACCCCGAUUCCCGAAAUUUGGACCAAAAUUAGAAGAAUCAAAGGAAAACCAACUAACUCACAAAUCACCUUUAUAAAUAAAAAUGGCACAGUUUACGAUAAAAGUGAUGACAUCGUUGAAAUAUUAGCCGAAGAAUUCGAAAACGCAUCGUCAAACAAUAACUACACCAAAAACUUCCUUGAACACAAAAAUCAGAAAGAAAAAGAAAACAUCGAAAUACACCUUCAAGCAAAACACCCCCUAAAUGAAGCAAUUACAUACGUAGAAUUAGAGGAAGCUAUAGAUAAUAGUAAAAACUGCGCCGCUGGACCUGAUGACAUCCCUCCCAUAUUUUUGAAAAAAUUGCCUCCACUGUUAAAACAAUUAAACUGUUAAACUGUUUCAACGCUAUCUUUGAGUCAGGAGCUUUUCCAGAAAUCUGGAGUAAAGCAAUCAUAAUCAGGGUUGUGACGUAGAUAUUGAAACGUCGUUCUACAGUAUAACGACGCGUAGUUUUUGCACAUUUUCUACGUCAUCAAUCCAAAUAAAUUACCGAAAAAUUACACUAUUUUUUACGUCAAAAUUUGGUAGCAUUUAUUUGUUCUCAAGAAGAGAAAAAUGAAUCAAAAAUGUUCUAUUACUAAAUACAUAUCAUUAUUAAUUAAGUAAGUUCUUUUACCAUCAGAAAUUGUAGUCAGUAAACAGUAAAACAAGACAAUUUUCUAUUAUUUUCUUUAUUUGGCAAAACAGAUUAGUAAUAAACAAAAAAUAAAAUCUAUUCUCAAAAAAAAAAUAAAUAAAGUCUAUUCUCAAAAAAACAAAAUAAAGUCUAUUCUCAAAAAACAAAAUAAAAGAAUUAAUCUCGAGGAAAAAAACACAACCAAUGUUUCUUUUUUAACUGACUUCGUUACUUUCCCGCAUCUUCAGGGAGUAAUAACAAUGCAUUAUUUUUCUCGAAUGAUCAGCAUCCAAACGAUUUCUCAAAUCAUUGUGAAUAAAUGCCCAAUUACUAAACACACGCUCCAAGGAAGCUGAGCUGGCUGGUAUAUUGAUAAGUUUUAAAGCUACACUAGCCAACUCUGGGUGCUUUCUCUCGGCCAAUCCCCAAAAAACUUUUGGGCAACAAAUGUUUUUACGUUCUAAGGUUUCAAAAAUAUCUUCCGAAGAACAAAAUUGGUGAAAACUCAUUAAACCUUCUGCACUUAAAGUAGCUACCAAAUAGUCAUGGACCAUAUCAACCUGGGUUUGAUUCAAAGACCUUCCUCUAUAAAGAGGAUGAAGAAAAUUUGAUGUUAAAGAGUAAAUAUUUAGCGCCAUGUCUCUUCUUCUUUUCAAAACAUCUUCAAACUCCGCAGGCAGUUGUAAAUGAGUCCAUUUCUCACAAGCAUCGGCAAUAGUGCAGCUGCUAGACUGACACUCAUUAAUUAAUUUGCAAACCGGGUUAGAUACUUCAAUUGUUGUUUUAACUUCAUCGAUGAACUCAUCGUCAAAUAGUAACUGAAUUAUUUCUUGUUUAAGUUUUAUAGUUUCUUCUGCCGCAAGUUUUUUCAUAAAUUUUAAAUUUUUGAUCAAGCAAGAAAAUGAGUCUCUAUAGGUACACCACCGAGUAUCGACAGCUAAUUUUAUCUUUGAUCCUCCCUGACUUUGCAGCUCCUUUUCGAGAUUAGGAUGUUUAAAUUCUUUUAAGAUAGUGAUUACUUUGGAACAUAAUUCUUUGGAAAUUAAGUCUUUGGCAAGAAGAUUUCCUGUGUGACUAUUGCAAGUAGUAUGCAUUAAAUCACUCGUCAAUUUUCCCAUUUUCAACAUGUUUGCUGCAUUAUCGCUAACGACAGCAUAAAUUUCAGUCUUAAACUUUGUCUUCGCUAGUUCAACAGAUAGAUUACACAAUUCACUUAGCUUUUCUCCCGUCUCUGGUGUUGUUGUUACAUCAUAUGCUUCCAGAAAAAUACACUUAUCGCUUCUUGUUGACUUCAAAAUUGUUACCACUUGUUUUGUGUUAUUUGCUGAAUUUUUCCACCCAUCGAUCAUCAUAACAGAGAAUUUACCUAUUGAGUUUUGAUCGUCUUCAUUUAUUUCAUCAUAUAAUGAAUUUAGAAUGGUCCCUGACACUGUCUUGCGGCAGGGAGGCUGAUAUGCAGGUCUAAGCACUCUCAAAAAGUCUUUGAAAUGAAUUGAGUCUACUACAUGAAAUGGAAUGUUACAACCUACAAUAAAUUUGCCAAGUGCUUUGUUAAUCUCGAUUUUCUGAUUGUUGCUAACAUGGUCUAAAAAAUUUUUAAUUGUAUCCUUUGGCUUGCUGUUGCUUUUUUUAGAUAUUGACUUGUUAAUUAUUUUGUGUAUGCUUUCUUUUGAAGUUGAUGGAAUUGGGGAUAGCAUUCGGGGUGAAGGUGAAGCUGCUAUUGAUAUUGAAGUCAAAUUUGAACUCUCAGUAUUGCAAAUGUUUUCAUCAUAGUUUAAAUCUGAUGUAGGUAAUGUUAAUGUUGAUGCCGCACUUACACGAUCAUUAAAUUGUUCAUUGCUACAACUUGGUGAAUCUUCCACUGAAACUUCAUUUGACUCUUCUUCAUCGUUAUCGUCAGCCUUACUUUCUAUUUCUACCAAUAUGAUUUCAUCCUCUUCACCCACUUCGGCCACUUCUUUGGAUGUAUUUUCUUCCUUGCAGACAUUUCUGCAUUGCAAUAAACAAUAAUUCAGUA